GGGCACCUUUUGUAAUUCAAAUAAACGUCAAUAUAUUUCAUUGAAUUUGGAUUGAGAUCAAUGGCAAACUCAGCUGUGUCACCCAAAUGGCUCUGUGAAUCUGAGGAGCUCAGUCAUUCUCCAGGGACUCCAAGUAGAGCCACAAUACUCACCCCGCAUGACCAUUUUUGGAAGGGCACAUCCAGCCAGGAAGGAACCAUAGAGAUGGUUGAUUUAUAAUCAAAUUUAAAAUAGUUAGAAAAAUGAAAUCUCAUGUUUCCAACUUGUAGGUUAGGUAGCUUUAUUGUCAAAUAUGCUACAGUACAAGACAUGUAGCAUGGAUGAAAUAUCUGUUCAGACCUGGACGGCAUGACAUAAAAAUCAACAGACAGGAACAAAUAAUAAGUUAUUGCUAAAUAGACACAUUAUUUUCAUUAUCCACCAUAUUUUCUCACUUUCCCCUGAUGUGCACAUUGUUGUUAUCACAGCCUUCUUUUCACAACGCAGGACCUAGUGAAUUUGGUUGUGACGCUAGUGUUGAUGUUUGUUUGCUCCCAGGCCACCACAGAUCCAGCUUCAAGAUUCUAGCCUGAAUCCAGCUCACAGUUAUCUGUGCUUUAUUUGCGUGUUAAAAGCAGCUCUUCCCUCAUUUCAUUUGGCAUAAAUGAACAGGCACUAACCUUGUCCUUAAGUCGGUUGCCUCUGCUAUAUAAUCAAACGCUCUACUUUGUGCUGCUAUCUGGGCUUUUCGUUUGGUGAAGUGCCGAGAUAAAACAUUCCUGGGUCUGAUCACUAAGCAAACAACGUAUUUACUUUCUCUUGUUGCGUCUGAAUCUUAUCAUGAAACGAUCAUGAUCCAUCACGUGACCUGCUGAAGACACAGGGUUGUUUGUGCAGAGGUUCAACCCUGGUUUAAUCCAGCAGUGUAAUCAGACUAGCUAAUCCCACCGGCCACAGACCCUCUGUCCAGUUUGAGCCCCUGCUCCCGUAUAUAUAUCCUGCUGCGAAGACCGGCAGAUGGACCAGUGACCUUUGCAAUGUCACACUCGCGGUGCUGCAUCUGAGGCAGAUGAUACACGGGCGGAGGCAGGUGAUAUAAAAACAUAUUAUCAUAUUCAAGGUCCCCUGAAAUAAUAUCAGGUUUGCACAGAUGCUACGUUUAAUACCCAAUAUGCAUCUUGUUCUGAAUGGAAGGCAGCACGAAAGCUGAACAGGUUUCACUUCUGUCUCAAUUUUGGGUCAGGCAUCCUCUCUGCUUCCUGUCGCAGGUGUGGAAAAAGCGAAGUAAAACGCAGCGCCACUUUCACGGCCGCUGUUAUUGGACGUGUUUCAGCUCGCUCCUGCCCAUGACGGGAUCGGUGCCACUCCCUCGAAACUUUGUUCACAAGAUUGUUUUUAAAUUCCGCAGGCAGGAUUCACAGACAGUUUGGUGCGUCGAGAAAGUUCAUGCUAAAGACCCAAUGUGUACUAGGGAAGAAAAUGACCUUUUAUUUUUCUUAUUUCUGGUGUUUGACAUCCCUUUUCCUACUUCGCCGUUGUCAUAUAUUCCACCUUCUCUUCCGCCCUUAUUCACUUUCUCCCACUCUCUCUGCCGCAAUGCGUGCAGACAUACGGACUAUAGCCAGCACGGUGACUCACCUCUGCACACACACACACACACACACACGCACAGUUAAUUUCUUGAAUCAAUGGCCUGCCUCGUGUUUUACAGCAAGUGAACACAGCGUCCUGUUACAGAUGCAUCAAUUAUUACUAGUCCCGGCUCACAUCAGGGGAUCCUUGGGCCACUGCUGCGAUCCGUCGCCAUGCCGAUGGCUGCAGCGGUCGCCAUGGUUACCUGCUCUCCAAACACACUGGUCGACAUUGUUCUCAUAAAUUGUUGGCUUUUGAUUGUUAAACAAAGGCGGCCACAGCAGCAGCAGCACUUCACGAGCCUUUCCUGAUGAAAAAUGAAACAUUUUCAUCUGAGAUCAGAUGUGUCCGCCUGAUGAUGUCAGAGUCCCUGCUCUCAGGACGGCAGCAGAAGAGCAGCGUCUGUAAUUCCAACCACCAGUCUCUGUUUCCUUCCUCAGAACUGUGGCGGCUCAUUAUGUUUCGCAGUUGUGUGGGAGAGCUGGGCGCCCACACACGCACACACCCACACACAGAGGGGAAACACAGCAGUCUCUUUUUUAUGUGCCUCUGUAUGCACGCAAUUUGCCCCCAUGAAUAGCUUUUUUUAAAUGUCAUCUAUCGCAUCUUCUGUGGCGACUCUUUAUGGCAUAAAAGAAAAUAAAUAUAUAUUGUUAUUCUAAAGGAAAUGAACUACUAGUGAAAUUCAAAUCAUAAAAAUUAUGAAUAUGGUGUUCAAUUUUGACUUUUCUGACAAGCCUGGUGCGACUUGACAACUGAGUUUACACAAUAUGGAAGUAAAAAUACGAAUGUUUUUACUUCCUGCUUCAUAAACAUCAACAUGCCGACUCACCAAUAGCUCAAAAUGCAUCACCCGAGGUAACUGCUGGGAAUAAAUGUUUUUUUUUAAAUAGGUUAAACAAGUUAUUUGGAUGAAGCAAUAACAGGUAAGCAGUAGAAGAAGAGCAAAACUAUGCAUCUAUAACUGCAAAAAUAGCUGCAAAAAUGAAAAUAAUAUUAUUAUAAUAUGCAAAUAUUAAUAUAUAAAGACUUAUAUGUUGGUAUGUGACACUGUGCUUGCUUUGUAAGAGCGUUGCUUUGGUGAGCAAAACGUGUCAAUAUUCAUGUGCCGCAGCUGGAAUUAGGAAUCACCAGAAACAACCAACAUCUUAACCUUUAUAAUGCCAUCGAAUGUUUAGUCACUCUCAGUGGUUUGGGUCACUGUGGGAGUGCCCCUUUGUUUGGCAGCUUACUUGGUCACAUAUGUGACUGAUAAAGAGUCAACACAAGUGCAGUAUGUACUAGUCACCAGUCAAGAUGAAUCAUUGUGGGCUCCUCAACACACUCAGCUCCAGAGUGAGAAUGAACACUCUCCACCCAGCCCGUCCAAUCAGUCAGAGUGAGGUCACUGGGGGUCAGUCGGCGCCACACAGCCGACAGACAAUAUCUAAUUAGAAGUGGACAGAGGAGCGACAGAAGUCUGGGAGUCGAUUCCUCCACCUGGUGUCGUGGCUUUUUUCUCUGCUUCUCACCUCCCACUGCUGUCUCACUUUCCAUGUGCCUGUCAUCCUCCGCCUGCACAUCCAUCUCCCCCUGCCUCUGCUCUCCUUACUGUAGUCUAUUGUCUUCCGGCGAGCGUGAGCGUGCACGUGUGUGUUUGCAGGAAGCGAAAAAAACAAAUCAUAUUGACUCGAACAAAAUGUGCCUAUGAAAUAUCUGUGGUUUUGAUCAAGGAAACUGACUGUAGUGUCUGCAUGUUACAGCCACUUAUGACAGGUGUAUGACCUUCACCACUGUAUAUAGCACUUUAUGUGUUAUGAUUAAAUAGCUCCUCUGGUUUAAAAGAUGGCGAUCAAGUGAUCCCCGCACAAACAGGAAGCUGUGUUUGUUUGUGAAGCGGUACAACAGUACUUUUCCACUGACGCGAGUCUCGGUGGACCUGCCUGAUCUUGCUGCGGCGGGAGAUUUGCUCACCUGCUCUUUUGUGGCAGAACUUCAGCGUGGGAGUGUUUACGAGCAUUUGCAUGAAAAGGCUGUAGAUUUGCACAAAAAAAAACAAGCCACUCCCUCUCUGACAUGUUUGCUUUAGAUUGAGCUACCUGUGUUGCACAAUCUAGACAGAUUGAUGAAGAGUGGUUUUAUGAGGAUGAACUGGAAAGUCUGGUCUUUUGAGAAAACACCGAUGAGGGAGGUUCGCAGACGUCAGCCAGGGAAAUGAGGGGUAGAGGUUCCACUGGGAACACACAGUACAGCAUGUUGAAGGUGUGGCAUCAACUGCUGGUCCUUUGUCAGCCAUUCAACUUUCACCACCUCCUGAACAAGCCCAAAUAUGAAGGUGAUUAUAAGGCAUUUUUACACUGUUUUUGUGCAACUGGUUUGUGCACGAGGUGGUAUGAACACCUGAGAUUCUUGUUGGGGCGUAACUAUGAGCUGCAGAAUGUAAAUGUAUGGUGCUUGUGAUGCGUCUCAAGCCAAAUAAUAAUCAUAAUAAUACAUGAAAAUGGAAAAAAUACUUAAUAAUCAAAUGUAAUGAUACAAAAAAUUUGAAAUACUUGAUACAUUUAUAGAGAAUAAUGCACAAUUAAGUCACAAAACAAGAGUUAAAUUAAAACUGAACAUGUAAUUUAAGAUGAUGUGUGUGAAGCGCUCAGGAUGGUGAUGUGGUGCAUUUUCUAACUGAGAUUAUAGUGCACCCAGCACACAGCCCGAGGGACGUCUCCGCCUGCCACCUGAUGUUGGACGAAGGUGUUGGCUGUUAGGAUAUUUGCCUGGCUUCAUUCUGUUUACUUGUGUGACUCAAAUAUACAGAGAUUGAACUCAUUUCUGGCUGUGCAUGUGCAGAAUAAUUUGCUCCUCCUCAACUCAAAUAAGGAAAUAAAUACUCAGCAAAUGUCAUGGUGGCUACAGUUUUUCGUUUUUGAAAUCAUAGCAAGCUACACAGAGGAGGGAUUAGUAUGUUUGCCCUGUCCACUGACCAAUAUAAUACAUUUUAUUAUCAUUUUUUUUGACAGUCCCUUCAGUCCUAAGACUCUCUGAGACCUAAAUAUGAGCAAGACUGUGAUGAAAAGAUUGAGUUUUUGGGUUGGUGCCAUCUAGAGGCCUAUAGAAGGAGGACACUGUUUCAUGAUGCCUCAUAAGCCCUUCACUACAUGCACGUACUGAAGCAUCACCUGUUCACCAGUUAUUACAGUGGUCGCCUUCCUCAUAAAACUCCUUUUGUUAGAUCCAACAGUGACUCACACAGACUCUCUGGAUGAUAAAAAUCUAUGCUUUUGAACGAGACUCUUUUCAAUCACAGGAAAUCCCACUGUUUUAUUUUCAGCAUGAGGACGUGAGACAAUGGUCUUAGAUCAAGCUGACCACAGCACCUUUGAAUCGCCCUGCUUAUUGAUUCAUAGCUCAAGAUGGGUGGAGUUUCUCUCCUUAAAUCUAAAUAUGGAGCCCUUUAAAGACGGAAAAAUAAAAAUUCUGAAGGGGAAAUUCUAAGGUUCUGUUUCAGAUGCAGCUGCGACCUUGAUAUGUCUCAUUGUGUACUCCAACAAAGUCCCGUUGAUGCAGGUGUGAGAUGUGUUUGCAGACUCUGUGGUCUGUUCCAGUUGAAUGCAUGAGGAAAGCAAGUAUUCUCCUGAAAGCUGAGGAGGAAAAGGAUUCUGACUGAGCUCUUAUUGGACCUGUAAUGGCAGCGGAGCGGCUUUCAGCCAGCUUUGAUGACACCGGGGCCUUUAAACUGUGCUAGCCUGCAGGUCAAUUCAUUGGCAGACAUCAGAGGAGGAAACGUUAUUGAUGGAGAUCACACGAUGGCCGAGUGCAGGCGCCGUCUUAAAUGUGUUUUUGAUGGAGGAUCCAGAGUGCAGCGCUGCUUCUUAUGGGAGAUCAGACAGUUACCGCGUUGCCACCACACAGGACAAAGAUGACCGAUCCCCCAAGAAGAAAGGGGGAACCAAGGACAUGGACGACCUGAAGAAGGAAGUUCCCAUUACGGAACACAAGAUGUCUGUGGAGGAAGUGUGCAGGAAAUACCAGACUGAUAUUGUCCAGGGACUGACAAAUGCCAAGGCGGCAGAGUUUCUGGCCAGGGACGGCCCCAACGCUCUCACCCCUCCUCCCACCACUCCGGAGUGGGUCAAGUUUUGUCGCCAGCUUUUCGGUGGCUUCUCCAUCCUGCUGUGGAUUGGCGCCAUCCUCUGUUUCCUUGCCUACGCCAUCCAGGCUGCCACUGAAGAUGAUCCUGCAGGAGACAAUUUGUACCUUGGUAUUGUGCUCACAGCCGUCGUCAUCAUCACUGGGUGCUUCUCAUAUUUCCAAGAGGCCAAGAGCUCCAAAAUCAUGGAGUCCUUCAAAAACAUGGUGCCUCAGCAAGCGUUGGUGAUCCGUGAGGGUGAGAAGGUGCAGAUCAAUGCUGAAGAAGUGGUGGCUGGAGAUCUGAUCGAAGUGAAGGGAGGAGACAGAAUCCCUGCUGACAUCCGUGUGGUUUCUGCUCACGGCUGCAAGGUGGACAACUCCUCUCUCACCGGAGAGUCAGAGCCUCAGAGCAGGUCACCUGACUGCACCCAUGACAACCCACUGGAGACUCGAAAUGUUGCAUUCUUCUCUACCAACUGUGUGGAAGGCACGGCUCGCGGUAUCGUCAUCUGCACUGGGGACCGCACGGUCAUGGGCCGCAUCGCCACCCUGACCUCCGGCCUGGAGACCGGCAAGACCCCCAUCGCCAAGGAGAUCGAGCAUUUCAUCCACAUCAUCACCGGAGUGGCCGUCUUCCUGGGUGUCACCUUCUUCAUCCUGGCUCUGAUCCUGGGAUACACCUGGCUGGAGGCCGUCAUCUUCCUCAUUGGAAUCAUCGUGGCUAAUGUGCCUGAAGGUCUGCUGGCUACUGUCACGGUGUGUCUGACCCUGACGGCCAAACGUAUGGCCAAGAAGAACUGUCUGGUGAAGAACCUGGAGGCUGUAGAAACCCUGGGCUCCACCUCCACCAUCUGCUCUGACAAGACCGGCACACUGACCCAGAACAGGAUGACCGUGGCCCACAUGUGGUUCGACAACCAGAUCCACGAGGCCGACACCACUGAGGACCAGUCUGGCGCCUCCUUCGACAAGAGCUCUGUGACGUGGCAGUCUCUGGCUCGGGUGGCCGCUCUGUGCAACCGUGCCCAGUUCAAGGCGGGACAGGACUCCAUUGCCAUCCUGAAGCGCGAUGUGGCUGGCGACGCCUCCGAGUCGGCCUUGCUCAAGUGUAUUGAGUUGUCUUGCGGCUCUGUCCGGAUGAUGAGGGAGAGGAACAAGAAGGUGGCUGAGAUCCCCUUCAACUCCACCAACAAGUACCAGCUCUCGGUACACGAGACAGAAGACCCCAAUGACAACCGCUACCUGCUGGUGAUGAAGGGAGCUCCUGAGAGGAUCCUGGAUCGCUGCUCCACCAUCAUGCUGCAGGGCAAAGAGCAACCCAUGGACGAGGAGAUGAAGGAGGCAUUCCAGAACGCCUACAUGGAGCUGGGAGGCCUGGGAGAGAGAGUGCUGGGUUUCUGCCACAUGAUGCUGCCGGAGGAUCAGUAUCCAAAGGGCUUCGCUUUUGACACAGAUGACGUCAACUUCCAGACAGACAACCUUUGCUUUGUCGGCCUGAUGUCCAUGAUCGACCCGCCACGUGCCGCUGUGCCUGACGCUGUGGGCAAAUGCCGAUCCGCUGGUAUCAAGGUCAUCAUGGUCACUGGAGAUCACCCCAUCACUGCCAAAGCCAUCGCCAAGGGAGUGGGCAUCAUCUCCGAGGGCAACGAGACGGUUGAGGAUAUCGCCGCUCGGCUCAACAUCCCAGUCAGCCAGGUCAAUCCCAGGGACGCCAAGGCCUGCGUGAUCCACGGCACCGACCUGAAGGAGCUGUCUCAGGACCAGAUGGACGACAUCCUGAGGAACCACACAGAGAUUGUCUUCGCCAGGACUUCGCCACAGCAGAAGCUGAUCAUCGUGGAGGGAUGUCAGAGACAGGGCGCCAUCGUUGCCGUGACUGGAGACGGCGUGAACGACUCGCCCGCUCUGAAGAAGGCCGACAUCGGCGUUGCCAUGGGAAUCUCUGGCUCCGAUGUGUCCAAGCAGGCUGCUGACAUGAUCUUGCUGGAUGACAACUUUGCCUCUAUUGUCACUGGUGUGGAAGAAGGCCGCUUGAUCUUCGACAACCUGAAGAAGUCCAUCGCCUACACCCUGACCAGCAACAUCCCAGAGAUCACCCCCUUCCUCUUGUUCAUCAUUGUCAACAUCCCUCUGCCUCUGGGAACCAUCACCAUCCUCUGCAUUGAUUUGGGAACUGACAUGGUUCCAGCCAUCUCACUGGCCUAUGAAGCAGCCGAGAGCGACAUCAUGAAGCGCCAGCCCAGGAACCCCUUCAGGGACAAGCUGGUGAACGAGAGGCUCAUCAGCAUCGCCUACGGACAGAUCGGAAUGAUCCAGGCUCUGGGUGGCUUCUUCUCUUACUUUGUCAUCUUGGCUGAGAACGGUUUCCUUCCCUCCCGUCUGGUCGGCAUCAGACUGGACUGGGACGACCGGUCAGUGAACGACCUGGAGGACAGUUACGGCCAGCAAUGGACCUAUGAGCAGAGGAAGAUCGUGGAGUUCACCUGCCACACCGCCUUCUUCGUCAGCAUCGUGGUCGUGCAGUGGGCUGAUGUCAUCAUCUGCAAGACCCGGCGAAACUCAGUGUUCCAGCAGGGCAUGAGGAACAAGAUUCUGAUCUUUGGCCUGUUUGAAGAAACCGCCCUGGCUGCCUUCCUGUCCUACUGCCCGGGCAUGGACGUGGCACUCAGGAUGUACCCACUCAAGCCUUCCUGGUGGUUUUGUGCAUUCCCAUAUAGUUUUCUCAUCUUUGUUUAUGAUGAAGUCCGAAAACUUCUCCUUCGCCGAAACCCUGGAGGUUGGGUGGAAAAGGAGACCUACUAUUGAUCGACCACCUCCCCACCCUCUUAUUUCUCCCCCUGUUACUCCAUCCCUGACAAGACAUACCUCCAGAAGCCCCGCCCCCUUAAAGACAGAAAACGCUUUGAAGCAAUUUUCAUCACAACUGCCCCAAAGAUUAAAAACAGCAAAAGCACCUUUACGACUUUCUACAUCGGCCCCGCCUUCUUCCUGCUCCCUCCCCCGCUCCCCCCUCUCCUAUGAUACUCUUUGCAUGUGUUCUCUCACUGCUGUGUACAUAAACCAAUAUAUCUACCAAACGGCAGCUGCAUAUUGUGUAUGUAGAUUCGAAUGAGCUAAGGAUGCAGAGGAGGUGUCUGCUCAGCAAAAAAGGGCCAUCUUGCUCCUCCGCCGCCGUCCUCCCCUCUUCUUGUCUUCUGUACCAUCCUUUCUCCCACCCAUUCCCCCCCUCCGUCCUUGUCAUGCCGUCACACGCCGGUCACACACUGAAAUAAUGAGGGAUCCCACCGCCGACGCCACUCCGACUGCCACCUGUGUCACCUCCGUCUCCUGCCUGUGGAGGACCAGCAGAGCGGUCUUCUCCCAGUCGUCUGUCUUCUCAGCGGCCACACUCUUGUUUUCUCCACACGUCUGUUAGGAGGGGCGGGGGGUUUAUCAGUUGACUGUUUUCUUUUUUUUUUUAUUUCCACAUCAGGAGGGGGAGUACGUGAGAGCCUCUGUUCCUCUUUUAGGCCCGACAAAGCACACCCCAUAGUGUCCUGUCCCUCUCCCCUUUCGUCUCUCACAGCCCUGCUCCCCCUCCUUCCUGUUUGUCUGUUUGUGUGCACUGUGUGAACCAUUGUUCUUGUUAUUACAGUACACCCCCCGACACCCCUCCCCAAAGUUGGUAACUGGAUCUUUCUGUGUGCUCUAGGAAAUCUAUAUAAUUCUAUACUGAAAUGUAAAAAAAAUGAGACACUGAAGAACGAUAUUAGCGCGAUAGGAAGUGGAGGGACGUCCCGCUCUCCGUGUUUUUAAGUUGGUUUCAGUUAUUUUGGCUGGAGAGUCUCAACUACUGUAACAUCAGGGUUUUAGGUUUCACCAAGAGACACCGACCAGACGUUCAGGUUCCUGUCACUGCUGGUAUGAUGUGGUGGUGCAGUGUGCUGUGAUGUGGUGCGUGGUGAUGAGGAUGAGGUUGAUGAUGAUGAUGAUGAUGAGUCCAUGUGCCUGGGGCUACUCCUGGAUCACCGCCGGGUCCAAGUCAAGGUCUGUGUGUGUGUAUGUGUCUCAGGCUGGGUCGAUCUCAGAUGGCUGCAACAGUUGAAAUUGAUGAAAACAAAACAAAAAAAAAGAAGAAAUGAAAUACACAAACUAGUAGAACAUGUGUGUCAAAUAAAUGAAACCAACACCAAUAAAACAUCUAGAACAUUUAAUACAACCCA